CCUCGCGCUCGCCGAGAUCCCGCUCGACUCCUCGCAGCGCCGCGUGACGGCCGAGGACCGCGUCCGCGUCUGGAUCCGCAUCAUGCGCAACUACCUCGAGGUCGACGACACCACCGCCGCCGAGACGUACCUGAACAAGUGCAAGAACCUGAUCCACCAGGUCACCGACCCCGCCCUGAACCUGCACUUCCGCCUCUCGCAGGCCCGCAUCCAGGAUGCCAAGCGCGAGUUCCUCUCCGCCAGCCAGGCCUACCACGUCAUCAGCCUCUCCCCCGCCAUCUCCGACGACGAGCGCCUGCACACCCUUAGCAUGGCCGUGAAAUGCGCCAUCCUCGCCCCCGCCGGCCCCCUGCGCAGCCGCGCCCUCGGCCGCCUCUUCAAGGAUGAGCGCGCCCCCAACCUUCCCGAGUUCAGCAUGCUAGAGAAAAUGCUCUUCGACCGCCUGCUCGCCCCCUCCGAGGUCCAGAAGUUCGCCGAGGGCCUCGCCCCCCACCAGCUCGCCACCACCGCCGACGGCUCCACCGUCCUCACCCGCGCCGUCGUCGAGCACAACCUCCUCGGCGUCUCCCGGCUGUACAGCAACAUCGGCUUCGACGCCCUCGGCGAGCGCCUCGGCCUCGGCGCCGCCAAAGCAGAGGACACCACCGCCAAGAUGAUCGAGCAGGGGAGACUAUUGGGAAGGAUCGACCAGAUCGAGCGCGUCAUCUGGUUCGAGGGCGGCGAGGCGUCGGGCGAGAAGGGCAGCGGUAGGGCCGAGGUCACGGUCGGCAAGGAGAUGCGCCGCUGGGACGCGAAUGUCCAGAGUCUCGCGGAGGAGGUCGAGAAGGUGACGAAUGCGCUGCAGAGGGAGUUUCCCGAGUUUGUGGCGGCGAAUCUUGUUGCGUGAGGGGUGGGGUUGGUGUCAUUGAUGAUUAUGGAUAUGGAUAUGGAUAUGUGGCUGGAGGAGAACAUGCCACGGGGAGUGACAGUGACAGUGACGAGGGAACGGAGGGCUUUCGAAAAGGAAAGAAAAUCAUUACAGUACAAUACAAUACAAUACAACACAAUACAAUGCGAUUCAAACGCAUAACGAGGCCUGAAAAGGAAAGGAAAGGAAAGGAAAGGAAAGGAAAGGGGAAUGAGGGAGGGAGGAAGGAUUUGAUAACAUGGCGUUUGCCGGAUAAAUUGCAUAGCCUAGGUACUUAUUUUUUACCAAGGUAGACAGACACGGAGUCCAGGACAGAAACAGAAAGACGAAGAGACGAAGAGACGAAUGAGAUGAGUGAGUAUGAGUAGAGAGACAGGCAGACCUACAUGCAAGUACGAGGGGUUUAUGAAGAGAAAUUCCUAGGUAGGUAGGUAGGUAGGUUAGGGAAGAGAUUCUCAUAGCAUAGACGAAUAAACGAAUGAUGAUGAUGAA